AUGGCUUCAUUUUUCGGUAUUAAAUCUUCCGAUUAUAUGAAUGUUCUUCUCGGAAUUGAUAAGAAUCCGGAGUUGGAGAGCCAAAUUCAAUCUGUGAAAAAGAGAUUUGAAGAAUCCUAUGCAACACGCGAAUCUCCUGAUAGUGCUGAUAGUGACAACUUCGAAGCAGAAGAAGAUGACACGGAAACAGACGAGAAAACUUCAAAACCUACAAAAGUCGUGUGUUCUGAAGCACCAAGGAAAUUCGGAAAAUCGAUUGUUAGAUUUCCAAGAAGGCGUUUUGCAAUAAAUGAGGAACACGUGAUGCAUCAAAAUCGCGAUUCUUUUGAUACUUGUUACUAUCAGCGGCCAUUUCCGAAAAGUUUUUCCGAUAAUGGAAAUGAUGGGCGGUACGGAUCGGCAUCGGCGAUUCUGCAAAAAAUGUUUCCAAAUGUAAAUUCGGAGAAGCCUUGGAGAGAAUUCCCGGCUUACACGAUGAACGAGGAGCUGAAAAUCGCGAGAAUUUCGAAGAAACACGCGUUGAUUUUGAAUAAUCUUCAAGAAAUUUGCGAUUUGCUUUAUCGCGAUUAUCGAGAAGAAAAUGAAUCGACAAAUUCGAGGAAAUUAAUUUGUAAUUAUGUUGACAAUAUCGAUUGCUUCGAAACACUUGUGAAAUUGGGACUGAUUGAGUUUUUGAAUUGCGAGAAGCGCGAAGGUUUAAAAUCGUUGGUGAAAGAACGCGAAGCGAUUCUUAUCGCAUUCACCAAUAAGAAUUACCGAAAUACGGCGACUUCGGAUGUGAUAACGAUAAGUCCGGUUUUUCGCGAAAACCCAAAAAAUUGGACUAUUGUGACGCCGUUGUGUUUUUCGUAUUGGGAUGAAGCCGAAUGGAAAUAUGUCGAAAUGUCGGCGGAGAGAAUUAAAUUCUACGACGAGGACACGACGAAAUUGGAAAAGUGGAAAUUGAUGUCCCAUCAGCUGUUUCUGGUCGAGCAGGUCCAUCAAAUCACGUGCCUGCUGAAAUUCAUUGUGCCGGAGUCUGUGAAAUGCUGGCAGAUCAAACAAUUGUUGUAUAUUGUGAAGCGGCACUCGACAGGCAUCGAAUUGGGCGUCGGAUUUCGGCAAGAGGACGUCGAGGAGCUGAAUCGGAUCAGGAAGUCUAGAGGCGCAGUACAUCCUGAUCAAGUUGCAAAAUUUUUCGACUUUUCCGAUCUGCCUAAUACCCGAUUGGUACAGAAAGAUUGGGUGAAUGAGGCACAACUAAUAUUUGAUGAUGAUUUUUAG